CCAACACGAUAUGCGCAAUCGCCUCUACAUGAGGAGGAGUUAAUCUGCUCUCUAUUCGGACCCCUAGAGUAUCUUCUCUCUCUCCUGCACGCCAAUUUGGGGUGCAAGUCUUGUCCUUCUUGCACCAACUUACUUCGACAUCGUUCUUGGCUGUGACCCAUCACUACAGUCAUGGCACCCAAAAAGAACAAGGCCGCUAAGAAGAACAAAGCUGAUAUCAAUGAGAUGACAAUUAUGGUAGAAGACAGUCUCUCCAACAAAGUCAAUGGGCUCAACACUCUUCUGGAAUUUGGAAAUGGCUUUAGUUGCAUCUCAACAGAGGUCACCGAUGCUGCCUAUGCACCUAACCUCCUGGAGGGUCUUGGCCACAUGAGGCAAGACAACUUCCUCUGUGAUCUGACCGUAGCGACCAAGUCCAAAUCCUUUGAUGUUCACAAGGUUGUGAUGGCUUCCUGCAGUGAGUACAUCCAAAACAUGCUCAGGAAAGAUCCAUCCCUCAAGAAGAUUGACCUCAAUGAUUUGUCUCCAGUUGGUUUGGCAACAGUCAUCACAUACGCUUAUUCUGGAAAGCUGACCUUGUCUUUGUACACCAUUGGCAGCACGAUCUCAGCAGCCAUGCAGUUGCAGAUCCAUACUCUGGUGAAGAUGUGCAGCGAUUUCUUGAUGCGAGAGACCAGCGUGGAGAACUGUAUGUACAUCGUCAACAUUGCCGAAACGUACAAUCUGAAGGAGACAAAAGAAUCAGCACAGAAGUUCAUGCGGGAGAAUUUCAUUGAGUUCUCUGAGAUGGAACAGUUCCUGAAGCUCACCUAUGAGCAAAUCAGCGAAUUUCUCAUGGACGACUCACUUCAUUUGCCUUCAGAGCUCACAGCUUUUCAGAUUGCAAUUAAGUGGUUAGACUUUGACGAGAAGAGGCUAAAGUAUGCUCCUGAUCUGCUGUCCAACAUUCGCUUUGGAACCAUCACACCCCAGGACCUUGUUAGUCACGUACAGACCAUACCUAGAAUGAUGAAAGAUUCGGAGUGCCACCGUCUGCUGGUUGAUGCCAUGAAUUACCAUCUGUUGCCAUUCCAACAGAACAUUCUGCAGUCCAGAAGGACCAAGGUUCGUGGUGGCCUCCGAGUGCUACUCACUGUGGGUGGACGACCCGCCCUAACUGAGAAAUCUCUCAGCAAGGACAUUCUCUACCGAGAUGAGGACAACAUCUGGAACAAGCUAACAGAAAUGCCUGCAAAGAGCUUCAACCAGUGUGUAGCUGUUUUGGAUGGCUUUCUUUAUGUGGCUGGUGGUGAAGACCAGAAUGAUGCAAGGAAUCAAGCAAAACAUGCUGUUAGCAAUUUCUGCAGAUAUGACCCCCGAUUCAACUCAUGGAUCCACCUGGCUAACAUGAUCCAAAAGCGCACUCAUUUCAGCCUCAACACCUUCAACGGUCUCUUGUUUGCUGUAGGUGGACGCAAUUCCGAUGGCUGCCAGGCAUCUGUUGAGUGCUAUGUUCCAUCCUCAAACCAAUGGCAAAUGAAAGCUCCAAUGGAUGUCCCUAGAUGUUGCCAUGGCAGUACAGUUAUCGAUGGCAAGAUCUUGAUAACCGGCGGUUACAUUAACAAUGCCUACUCUCGUGCCGUAUGUUCUUACAACCCAUCCACUGACAGUUGGCAGGAUAAGAACAGUUUAAGCACCCCAAGAGGAUGGCAUUGUUCUGUGACCGUCAGAGAUCACGCCUACGUUCUUGGUGGCAGCCAACUGGGUGGACGCGGCGAGAGGGUAGACGUCUUACCGGUUGAAUGUUACAACCCUCACUCUGGCCAGUGGAGCUACGUCUCCCCCUUGCUCACUGGGGUGAGCACAGCAGGUGCUGCAAUCUUGAAUAACAAGAUUUAUCUUCUAGGCGGCUGGAAUGAGAUUGAGAAGAAGUAUAAAAAAUGUAUUCAGAUGUAUAACCCUGAUCUUAACGAAUGGAUAGAGGAUGACGAAUUGCCAGAAGCUACAGUUGGUAUCUCAUGUUCUGUUGUCACCAUCCCUACACGCAAAACACGAGAGUCGAGGGCCAGCUCCGUAUCGUCUGCACCGGUUAGUAUAUAAGUGGCAUGGAGAGUGGUUAGGAAAUGUAGCUGAAUUGCUAAUUGUAAAAUGAGUAUGAAUCUGUUAAAUAUCUUAGAGAUGUUUAGUGGAUUAAUUGCCACUUCAUAUGUUCUCAGAAUGUUGAAUGUCAAAUCACAAUUUUGUAAACUGCAAAGUUAAAUUGUGUAUUCAAGUUAACAAUUAUGAUGCAUUAUUUUUAGGAACCACAAAAGUAUCUGAGUGUCCAUUUUGACAAUGAUUAAGGAUUGCUGUAUUGAAAGAUGGUUCAGUGGGUACAGUGAAAGUUAGAGAAAUUUAGUUUGGAAUUUGAUUUGUUAAUUAUGAAGUAUGUGGUGUAAAAUAAAAAAACAGCUAUCUUUUUUACAGUUAUAACUUUCUUUGGAAAUAUAUUUUUAAAUGGGGCCAAUUCUCCAACAAUAAUUGUAUUAGUCCCUUAAUAUAACUAUUGAUUAAUUCAACUGAAAUGCAAUGGGUGGAAACUGAGGUAAUUACAAUAAUGCAAACAAUCCAAAUAUAUUAGACAUGCUCUAAUUAUCAAACAAAGAAAUUACCUGAAAAAAAUUGUUGCAGAUAUUUAUAAUCACAACAUUAUUUUCCAUAGUGUUGCCAUUCUUAUUGCAAUGUACACAUGAAUGCUUGUAGUUCAUACAGAACAUGCAUAAGAUUGGACUACUGAAACAUGAAAAUCGUAGAUUGCUUGAGAAAGCCUUGUUUUCAUUUCACCUGAACCUUCCUACCAGCAGUAGGUGUGGUAAAACCAGGUAAUUUAUUCAAAUGUACGAUAUAGCAACGGCGUCCUGAUUUGGCUCUUAGGAAAACUACAUUUAGUCUACACUGUGAAAAAAAAUGCAGACAUGUUUAAAAAGUUAUGUUGUAAAGAACACUGAAUGGGGCAGAAAAGGAUGUUGGAAUGUUGGAAUGUUUUGUAAAUUGAAUAAAUAAUUGUGAAUAAUAUUUGUGCCUUAACGGUCUAGCAGCCAAGUGUUAACAUCUUCUUUGUUUGCUGACGGUUCAUGAUAUGUUCAGACUGGAAAACAUUGUACUUAGGUGUUCAAAAGAAUUUGACAAAUGUACACACUAUUAUUUAUUACAUUUAAUAACAUAUUGCUUAUUUAAGGUAAAUCAAUUGUUGUAUUUAAAAUAAUACCUAAAACAUAUUGUCAAAUAAUAAAACUCUGCAUAUUUAUUAAAGGCUCUUAAGAAAUCAAGUUGUUGUGGAGAUAUUUUUACUGUAGGGCCCAAGCACUGAAAGUACGAAGGCCCUAUUUUUCUUCUAAGGAUUAUUAGGGGUCCAAGCACCGAAGGUGCAGGAACCCUAUUUUAUUUGUUCCAAUUUUCUUAUUAGGGGUCCAAGCACCAAAGGUGCUGGAACCCUAUUAUAUCCAUUAGGAUUUUCUUAUUAGGGGUUCAAGCCUGAAGGGCUAGAAACUCUAUUGUUUUUGUCAUAAUUUUAGGGGUCCAAGCACAGAAGGUGCUGGAACCCUAUUGUAUUUGUUCAGAUUUUCUUAUUAUUCUUAUUAGGGGUCCAAGCACCAAAGGUGCUGGAACCCUAUUAUAUCCAUUAGGAUUUUCUUAUUAGGGGUUCAAGCCUGAAAGGAUAGAAACCUUAUUGUUCGUGUCAUGAUUUUAGCCCUUCCGAUAUUCUUAUUAUUAGGGGUCCAAGCACCGAAUGUACUGGAACCCUAUUAUAUUUGUUCUGAUUUUCUUAUUAGGGGCCAAGCAGCGAAACUUCUGGAACCCUCUUGUAAUUGUACUGAUUUUCUUCUUUUUCUUCUUUUUUUCUGCUCUAAAAGUGUUUGGGCAUCAGACAAUAAGUCGUGGAGACAACAAACUUGGCAGGAUGAUCCCAAAUCCCUUCCACUACACAGGCGCACAAACACACACCCAUCUGACACUAGGUGGCGCUAUAAUAAACACUUGUAUGUUUUGACUCAUAUCUCUGCAACCAUAAGGGCUAGAAUCAAAAUAUUUCCCCACCCUGAUUCCUUGAGUUGGGCCCUACAAAAUGUAUAGCUCAGAUUUCAUUUCUGUCAAUAAUUGUUUUCCUGCCAUUUAGAAUUUUUUGAAAAACCUACAUUUUCAACUCCUAGACCGUUUGUCAGAUCAGCAUGCGAUUUGGUAUACACCAUCUACAGACCCUGACAUAAAGUUAUCAAAAGAAUUUUGAUACGUCAAAUCGUUUAGAAGAUAUUAACAAUACAAUUCCUUUAGUUUAACAUGAUUUGUACUCAAUUCAAAAUCCAAAUGUAACCAAACUCGGUACACAUAGUCAACAGGAUGUUUAAAAGAUGUCAGCAAAGUUUAGCAUCUUUUGGUUCAAAUGCUAACAUAUUCUUAAAAACUUUAUUCAACAAAUUAACAAAAAUGGCUGCCAACGGCCAAUCAAAUUCAGCACCUUAAAACUCAUAUUGGGAAUGGCCAAGGAUUAUGGAAAUGACUAUACACAAGCAUUGGGUCAGCUUGAAGCCGCAUCUAAAAUUUUGUGACAAUUGGCCACAUGGCGGUAUAAUUAGCUAAUUUGCGCUUUUGCUCAUAAUUCCGGAACUGUACAGACUACAUUUCCCCAUUUCCAUUCCUGCAAAAAAAAAAAUGUAUUUAUCACAAAUAUUUUUCCGGAAAAACAUACUUUUUCUAAUUCGCUGUAGGACGUUUUUCCGAUUUGCACAAAACUUGGUAUACAAAAUCCACAGUCCCUCCAGACAAAAAGUUAUCAAAAUUUUUUUUAUAUGUCAAAUGAUUCUGAAUAAUAUAAUCAAAUAAGUUUUGGGCUGUAGCCCAUAAUAACUAAUUGGCCUAUAACUUGUUAGCACAAUUUUCAAACUUAGCAAAACUAGAGGAACAUUCUGAGGUCAGUUGUAAAAUUUCAUCAAUUUGGCAGCGCUAUAACAGAAGAAAUAGCUAUUUUUUACAAUAUAAUGUUUUAUUAAUUAAAAAUAUGGAGAAUAUUCUACAAUUCAGCCACUCCUUGUAAAUCAGAUAAAUAAAUUAACAGCUUUCUUCUUAAUUUCUCCUUUGGAAGAAUAGCUUCUGUUGUUCUUAUUUGUCAGUUGCUUUGGAUGAAAGCGUCGGACUUUAUCAAGCCCGCUUCAGGGGCGCACUUCAGUGGUCGCAUUCACACGGAUAUGAAAUGCUGCACAGAGUAUAGUGCGCCUUCAAGCCAUAUUUCAUUUCAGAUGACUGUGCGCACUGGUACGCAAGUCCACCUAAUUACCUGUCAUUUCUUGACACUGCUUCAGUUCCCGCUCAAUUUUAAGCCAACUAGGUUCUGUCUGGCGGUACUACUGAAUGUCUACCUCUGACUUUGGAGCUGGCCAAUCAUAGUGAAGAUUUUGGGCCGGCACCUGGGAUGGCCAAUGGAGCAAACUUACAGACAGCACUUAUUUAAAGGACAUUGAAAUACACAUAUACAUUUAAAAAAAAAAAAAAAAUCACACUGUAUACUUUUCAAAUAAGCUAUAGCUUUUGUAAUGCAAAAAAAACAAAAAAUGUAAAAGAAAUGAUUAUUUAAAAACGAAGAGCUGCAUCAAUGCCAUAUAUAUAAUUUUUUUUCCCCUCUUGUCAUCUAUGGCAAGGCGGGCAAAAUCAAAGGUCAUCACGGGCCAACAUUGGCCCGAGGGCCUUACUUUGGGCACCUCUGAUAUAGAUCUUUUUGAAUUUUUUGGGAAAUGAAAACAAAGGCUGAGAGAUGGAUUUAAACCCUAUUCGGACAGGAUUAGUUUUAUAUGUGGAUGUGGAGGAAUUUAAUAUUUACCAGAGCUUCAGUCAUUUUAAUUCCUUUUGAUGCAUAUUUUAUAUAUAUUAUAUUAUUGUAUUCUAUAUUGUGUAUGUGUAUCAUAUUUUGUGUGUAUUGUGUACUGUACAUUGUAUAUUAUUAUUGUAUAUUGUGUUGUGUGUAAUUACAUGUAUUUUAGAUAUGUAAAUUGUGUUGUGUAAAUCUGAUGUUUAUUGUAAUUGAUAUAUGUCUCAUCACUGUCAUGACUGCUAUGUUGCUCAGGACUGCACCCAAGACUUUCACCCACUGUUGCACUUGUGUACAUGGCUAUGUGACAAUAAAGUGAGUUGAUUUGACGUCACUAAUUUUACCUCACUG